GAGAGUAACCUCCAUUGCCGACCGGCUGAAUGUGGACUUUGCCUUGAUUCACAAAGAACGGAAGAAGGCCAAUGAAGUGGACCGCAUGGUCCUCGUGGGAGAUGUGAAAGAUCGAGUGGCCAUCCUUGUUGAUGACAUGGCUGAUACUUGUGGCACAAUCUGCCACGCAGCUGACAAACUUCUCUCAGCUGGAGCCACCAGAGUUUAUGCUAUCUUGACUCAUGGAAUCUUUUCUGGUCCAGCCAUUUCUCGCAUCAACAACGCAUGCUUUGAAGCAGUAGUAGUCACCAAUACCAUACCUCAGGAGGACAAGAUGAAGCAUUGCUCCAAAAUACAGGUGAUCGACAUCUCCAUGAUCCUUGCAGAAGCCAUCAGGAGAACUCACAACGGGGAAUCUGUUUCGUACCUGUUCAGCCAUGUUCCUUUAUAAUAGAAUGACUUCUGAAGCUUUUUAAAAAUAAAAACAACCCCGCCCCCCCUUGUUUUCCCUUGGUAUUUGAUGACAAACUCCGCAGAAGACCUAGCUUAUUCCAGUGUAGCUUUCUACAUCCCACAUCAACUAUUAGCGCUUAUCCUAAAUGGGGAAAUACAGAUUGAUAUUAACUACUGGGAUUCCUACCCGUGUUUCAUUCUGACUUCCUCCAUGAUCUUAAUGAGCCUUGCAGCUUUAACUAUAGUUCAGCUGCUGCAAGAUUUUAUACUUUUGAAGGUGUUGUGUAGAGGUGUGUGACUGUGAUUAGGGAAGCUCAGACUACUUUGCAUGUGAAUGCUUCAGGGUUUUCUUUGUUCAGAACAACUAGCAACAGAGCCAACCCACGUGGGACAAGGUCUCCAAGAUCCGAUGCUAAA